CUGCCGCCGCUCUUCCGGUGGAGACGUGGCUCUGUGCUGCUGCCAUAUUGACGCUAGCGAGCUAACAAUCACACAACCUGAAGUCAGCUGUACACCCGCACCGCGCUCUUCCACAGGGACAAGAGAUCACCAAACCGACACACACGAGAGACGGAAGAUCGUCGUACCAUAGAGAGAGACCAAAAUGGUGCUGUUGGCAGCGGCGGUGUGCACCAAGGCCGGCAAGGCCAUCGUAUCGCGGCAGUUUGUGGAAAUGACCCGGACGCGUAUUGAGGGUCUUCUGGCUGCAUUCCCUAAACUCAUGAACACGGGAAAGCAGCACACCUUUGUGGAAACAGACAGUGUUCGCUAUGUGUACCAGCCACUGGAGAAACUCUACAUGGUCCUCAUCACCACCAAGAACAGCAACAUCCUGGAGGACUUGGAGACGCUCAGACUCUUCUCCCGUGUGAUCCCAGAAUACUGUCGUGUGCUGGAGGAGAGCGAAAUAUCGGAGCACUGUUUCGACCUGAUCUUUGCCUUCGAUGAGAUUGUGGCACUGGGCUACAGAGAGAACGUCAACCUGGCUCAGAUCCGCACCUUCACAGAGAUGGAUUCCCACGAGGAGAAGGUUUUCCGUGCUGUCAGAGAGACUCAGGAAAGAGAGGCCAAAGCAGAGAUGAGGAGGAAGGCCAAGGAGCUGCAGCAGGCCAGGAGGGACGCCGAGCGCUCUGGGAAGAAGGUGCCAGCUUUCGGCGGUUUCGGCAGCGCCGGCAUGACCAGCGUCUCCUCAGGGUCCAUCAUCACAGACACCAUUGUUGAGCCCGAGAAGCCCAAGAUCACACCAACUCCAGUCAGACCAAGUGGGCCCAGUAAGGCGCUCAAACUGGGUGCUAAAGGGAAAGAAGUGGACAACUUUGUUGACAAGCUUAAGUCGGAGGGUGAAACCAUCAUGCCCACCACAGGAAAGAGAGGCUCGGAUGUUUCUAAAGUUCUACCACCACCAGUCAAUGUGGAGAGCGUACAUCUGCGCGUGGAGGAAAAGAUCUCGCUGACCUGCGGCCGUGACGGCGGCCUGCAGAACAUGGAAGUGCUGGGCAUGGUGACGCUCCGAGUCACAGACGACAAGAACGGACGCAUCCGCCUCGUCAUCAACAAUAAUGACAACAAAGGACUGCAGCUGCAAACACAUCCCAACGUGGACAAGAAGAUGUUCACAGCCGAGUCGGUGAUCGGCCUGAAGAACCCGGAGAAGUCCUUCCCUCUCAACAACGAUGUUGGUGUGCUGAAGUGGAGACUACAGACCACAGAUGAGUCCCUCAUACCUCUAACCAUAAACUGCUGGCCUUCAGAGAGUGGCACCGGCUGCGAUGUCAACAUUGAGUACGAGCUGCAGGAGGAGAGCCUCGAGCUGAACGACGUGGUCAUCAGCAUCCCUGUACCGUCUGGUGUGGGAGCUCCCGUCAUCGGUGAUUUGGAUGGAGAGUACAAACAUGACAGCCGGCGAAACAUCCUGGAGUGGUGCCUACCCGUCAUCGAUGCCAACAACAAGACCGGCAGCCUGGAGUUCAGCAUCGCCGGACAGCCCAACGACUUCUUCCCCAUCGCCGUGUCCUUUGUGUCCAAGCGCAACUACUGCGACAUCCAGGUUACCAAAGUGACUCACGUAGACGGCGACAGCUCUGUUAGAUUCUCUUCAGAAACCUCCUUUGUUGUCGACAAAUAUGAAAUCCUGUAAAAUAAGAAAAUUCAAACAAAACCACAAAAUCAAACAAAAAAAAUCACCAAGAAAAAAAAAAAGUCCAAAUCUAUGCUACAGAGAAAGAUUGAAGAUUUCUUGCCUGCCCACCCUGUAUACUAUUUCAGAGACUGUACAUCGACAGGACUGCGUCAGCCCUCCGGCAAAGCCUCUUCCUGUGGUGGAGCAGAGCAGCGGUGGUGUAUUUAUAUGUUUGUAUGAGAGAGGAUCAUCUAUAUAUAGAGUUAAUUGAAGCGGAAAAACCAACAAACACACAAAAAAAGAGAAAACUACACUGAUGCUGUUGUGUUCGCCGAGCAGAACUGUAAAGAGGACUUGAGACUUAAGUAGAGGAUGACUGCGGUCUAUCGGUUAAGACCCUGCCCCGGGGCGAGAGAGGGGAGAACAGGGACCACUGAGGAGGCCGCCGUGUCAGUCUCCACGAGAACGAGCGCUGGUAGUUUAGCAUCCCGCAUCCUCCACGCCCUUUUUCUUCUUCAGUCGCGUUGCAAUGGUUCAUCGAUAAAGCCGAAACGGGGUUCUUGCUUUCUUUGUUUUCAGAUUUUCUUAUCCAUAAUAACUGCAGAACUGUAGCUGUCUCAAUCAUUAUAAGCCUGUCACUCUUUAAUCGUAAAACUAUUGUGAUUUGCUCUAUUGAUAUCUCACUUCAGACGAGUUUUUUUUUUUUCCUUCCUCGUGAGGACUUUUUUUCGUAGAGGUAACACUUGGCUGAAAGCAAAACAUGGCUCUGUGCUCAGUAUAUUGUCGUACUGUCUGCAGUUAUCAUCAGCAAAACUUUUGUCCUUUUUAUUUUUAACUAUUUUUUACUGUUUGAUGUAUAAUUUGUCAUGUUUACCACUAAUCUGGAUAUUGAAAUUUGAUCGUGAGGAGCAGGACUUUGGAAGGAAUUCUCAGCUGCAGGGCAAAGUCACCCACCAGUAAAUGCAUUUAACGAUUGCAUCUGUUGAAUUUUCUUAUCUUUAUUUUUUAUUUUUGGUAACACCAUUGCAGCCACUCCUCACUUUGUCCAAAAGAGACGCCGCGUUUCACUCUGGUCCAUUUAAGUCCAGUGAUCUGCCCUCUGAUAUCAGGGUAAAAAGGACUUUGAACGCAGCCCAGAAACAACAUCUAAGCCCUUAAUCCAACAUCACACGAGGCGUUUUAGAUCUGAGAUUGGGGUGGAUGUGUGUUAGCAUGAUGGUGCAAAUCCAUGCACGCGCACACACGCACACACACAGAGCAGGGACUGCCAGCGUGAUACUCGACCCACUCGCCUCACAUCAGGUAAGCAGAGACGCCACAGGAGCCCUCCUAAACUCUGCUGCUCAUCACCCCGUCAUCCUUUACUUACAAUCUCACAGAACAUCAACAUUACUCGAGAUAUAACAUUUGUCUUUCAUGUUAUUGUUUUUUUUUUUUUUUUUCUUCCAUUUGUACUCCCCAAAUUUCAAUUUAGCAAUGGUUGUGUGGAUGUGGGGUUGAAAAUGACUAGAUUGAGCAUUUUUAACUAAAUUACUGAAGGGGAAUCUUAACAUUCCAGUGUACAAUUAGAAAAAAAGAAUCUUUAAUGGAAUAAAAUGUAUUAUUGAAAAUGUAA